CAUUCCAUUCUCAUUUCAUUUUUCAGAACGACAUGGCCUCACCUACUGGUCAAACUCAAAGUAGGCAGCCUGGGAGGCAGACAAACCAAUUGCAAUAUCUUCAAAAAGUGGUGCUAAAGGCACUAUGGAAACAUCAAUUUGCCUGGCCAUUUCAUCAUCCUGUCGACCCAACCAAGCUUGCUUUACCAGAUUACUACAAAAUCAUCAAGACUCCAAUGGACCUUGGUACAAUCAAGAAGCGAUUGGAGAGUAUCUACUAUCACAGUGCAAAAGAAUGCAUCUCAGAUUUCAAACUCGUGUUUACAAAUUGCUAUUUACAUGAUAAACCUGGAGAGGAUGUUGUUCUUAUGGCACAAGCCCUGGAGAAGCUCUUCCUGACAAAGGUUGCACAAAUGCCACAGGAGGAAAUUGAGCUGGCUCCCCCAGUGAAGCCAGGGAUGGGAGACGACAUAUCAGGGCCAGGCAGGAAAGGAAGAAAAGGCAGAGUACUAGGAAGGGGGAUAAGUGCAAACUCAAACAAAGGGACCAAUGGGUUAAAGAGAAAAGCAGAUGCAACCAUACCCACAACAGAAAUAGAACCUCCUGAAUCCAUAGUGGCUCCCAGUGCAGACUACCACUUAGCCCAGGCCAAGCCAGCUAAGAUCCCAGGCAGGAGAGAGAGCAGUAGGAGAAACAUCAAACCUCCCAACAGGGAACUCCCUGAAUCAGAUCAGCACCAGAAGGGAAAGAAGUGCAAACUCACAGCUCAGCUCAAGUUCUGUUAUGGUGUCAUCAAAGAGCUCAUGUCAAAAAAGCACUCGGUAUAUGCAUGGCCUUUCUUCAAGCCAGUUGAUGCAGACGUAUUUGGACUGCACGACUAUCAUGAGAUCAUCAAGACUCCAAUGGACAUGGGUACAAUAAAGGUAAAGCUUGAAAACAGGGAUUACAAGAACGCCAAUGAUUUUGCUGCAGAUGUCAGGCUGAUAUUCAGAAAUUGUUACAAGUACAAUCCUCGGGACAAUGAUGUUGUAAAAAUGGCUAGAAAGUUGGAAAAUGUGUUUGAAGUCAAGUUUGCCAAAAUAUCCGAUGAACCAUUGGACCCGUCAGAUGCUUCAGCUUCCAAUAGUAGCUCAGAAUCAGAAGACAGCGAAGAAGAGAGGGAAAAAAGGUUGUCGGAGUUACAAGAGCAGGUGCGUUCUCAGUUCAUUGACUAAAGUUACAAUUGGACA